AAAGACGUUAACGCCGACCGAACAAAAAAGAGUAAAAGAAAACACAAAGCCCUAAUCUUUUUGUGUGUCUGUCGUUGUUCUUCCCCUUUCUCCUUACAAAGCUUUCUCGUACACCCUCGCGGCCAUGGCGCACGGCGGCUAUGCCAAGAGAAGGGUUUCAGAACCGAAUCAAGCUGCGGGAAGUAGCAGCCGGAGAUCGAAACCAUUACGCGUUGAGAAGAAACCUAAGAUCGUCUCUCUCAAGAACCAGAUGCGUUCCGUCGAACGCUUCCUUCGUAAAGAUUUGCCUCCUGAAGUGAAAGAGACUCUGAAACAGAAGUUGGAGUAUUUGAAGAAGCAGCAAGAUGACCAUACACGUCUCGCUGUUGAACGUAAAGUAUUCCUCAGGAACAGAAAGAUUAAGUUCUUUGAGAGGAGAAAGAUUGAAAGGAGCAUUAGGCGUCUUGAGAAGUUACAACGCACUUCAUCUGCUCAUGUUGGAGAUGGAGAUAUAGCUGAGCAACUCAGUAAACUUAAAGAAGAUCUUGAGUAUGUUAGGUUCUUUCCCAAAAAUGAAAAGUAUGUAUCUUUAUUUACUGGAGCUGAGGACUCAGAAGUGAUUGAGCGAAGAAGUAAAAUGCGGAAGCAGAUCAAAGCCAAUAUCAUUGUUGCUGCUGCUAGUGGGAAGGAGUUAGAAGAGACAGGGAGUGAAGAUGAUGGUCUUCUAGAACUUAGUGAUGAUGAUUUCUUUGACAAAGGGAGCUCAAGCGAUGAAGCAGACGCAGAUGAUGAAUUGACCGAUAAAAGCGCAAAGGAAGCUACUUCUAGUAGAGCAACAUCUGGCAUGUCUAGUGAUGAAAGAAACCAGAAACAAAGCUCUGCUAGGGCUUUAAUGCCACCACCACAAGCAAGGUUUGGUUCAAAUUCUAGGAAAAACACGUCUAUGCAGAGGAAUGAGAUGCCAUCAUCCUCAAGAAACACUUCAAACAGAAGAAGUGAGUCUUCAUACAAUGCCAGGACUGCUGCCGCAACUUCAUAUAAUUCCAGGGCUGCUGCUGCAACCUCAUAUAAUUCCAGGGCUGCUGCUGCAACCUCAUAUAAUUCCAGGGCUGCUCCUGCAACUUCAUAUAAUUCCAGGGCUGCUGCUGCAACUUCAUAUAAUGCCAGGGACACUGCUGCAACUUCAUAUAAUGCCAGGGAUACUGCUGCAACUACAUAUAGCAGUCAGAGUAGCAACUUGAGCUCCAAUUCUGAUGCUCAUAAACCCAAAAGGAAGAGAAGGCCAAAGAAGAAGAAGCAACAGGAGUGAUCGGGUUCUCAGCUUCUCCAGGACACACGCUUGAUUCUUUACUUGCUGCUGUGGUCUCGUUGUUGGGAUCUAAUGCAUAUAUACAAUAUAUAUAUGGUGUGGUCAUGGAAUGCAGAGAGAUAGGUGUCUUGUUGCUUUUGUCUUUUGAAAUGGAAACCCUAAAAACUGUUGGGGUAUAGUUAAACAGCUCCCUUUUGAAUUAAUGUGGAAAACAGAGUUUUGUGUCUCUUUUUUGCUCCUAAUUCCUUUAUUAACCAAAACAC